AUCACCCCAAUCAACCUUUCCCCUUCACCAUCGGUAGUUCUUUUCGUUCAUCGCAGCUUUUCUACUAGAACAAGAAACAAACAAUCUUCCCCUUUUUCUCAACACUUCUUCUAUUCCACUCCAACCAAAAUUCUCCAACACCAACACAACACAUUGCAACAUCGUUGUUGUCGUGAAUUCCGAAUCUGAAACAAACCGCCACCACAACCACCACCAUGAUGCUCAGAAUUCGCAGCCGCGACGGCCUUGAGCGAGUCACCGUCGACAACCCUCACACCACAACAGUCUCAGAACUGAGAAGGCUAAUCGAGCACCAGUUAGGAAUCCCAACCCACAACCAAACCCUCUCCACCAACCAGAACCUUCUACUCUCCAAGUCGCCGGAAGAUCUCCUCCGAUUCACCGACAUGACAAACCCUAACGCGCCUCUCUCCGCUCUCAACCUCGGUCACGGCUCCAUCGUGUUCCUCGCCUACGACGGCGAGCGGAGGGUGCCUGGCCCCGCCGUCUUCAGCCCUGCCGGCUCGUUUGGCCGGAAGAUGACCAUGGACGAUCUCAUCGCCAAGCAGAUGCGGGUUUCCCGCCAGGAGAAUCCUCACUGCGAGCUUGUUUCAUUCGACCGCGACUGCGCCAACGCGUUCCAGCACUAUGUUAACGACUCGCUGGCGUUUGCGGUGAAGCGCGGCGGGUUUAUGUACGGUACUGUUUCUGAGGAGGGGAAGGUUGAGGUGAACUUCAUAUACGAGCCUCCGCAGCAGGGAACGGAGGAGAGUCUGCUGUUUUUCAGGGACCCGGAGGAGGAGAAACUGGUGGGUGCUAUUGCGGCGGGGUUGGGGAUGAGGAGUGUAGGGUUCAUCUUCACGCAGACGGUGAGUCAGGCGAAGAAGGACUAUACUUUGUCCAACAGGGAGGUGCUUCAGGCCGCGGAGUACCAUGCUGAGAGUGGCUUGAAGGAGUGGGUUACCGCUGUGGUUAAGCUUGAGGUGAAUGAGGAAACGGGUGGUGCUGAUGUUCACUUUGAAGCGUUUCAGAUGAGUGAUGUGUGCAUUCGCUUGUUCAAGGAAGAGUGGUUUGAUACCGAUAUUAAGGAGGAUCAAGACCCCAAGUUGUCUAUAAUGAAGAAGGAGGUGGUUGUUGGGGUAAAGGAUAUCAAAGAAGUUGAUAAUGAUUUCUUCUUGGUCGUUGUCAAAAUCUUUGAUCAUCAGGGUCCUCUUUCAACAACAUUUCCCAUUGAGAACAGGAAUACUCAAGUGCCUAUGAGGGCACUGAAGAACCAUCUUGAACGGACAAAAAAUCUUCCAUUUGUGAAGCGGAUUGCCGAUUUUCACCUUCUUCUUGUGUUAGCAAGGUUUUUAGACCUUAACGCCGAUGUUCCAGCUUUGACGGAAUGCAUUCAGACAGAGACUACUGUGCCAGAAGGUUACCAGAUCCUCAUUGACUCCAUGGCCAGCGCUGCUUGAUGCUGUAUGAAGGUGCUCGGGUGGUGCAUACUGCCCCAUCGCAUUCAUGGAAUGGUUUUAUUUAUGAUGGUAGACUUGUACAUGAAUUGCUGCAGAGAUCCUGGAUCUGUCUUUUAACUGAAAAUGAGCCUGAUGUUGUGAUUUUAAUAUUUAAAUUGAUGAUUGGAGAUAGCCCUUAAGAGGAUUCACUGAAUAAUGGUAAGAGUAUCUUUUAUUUAAA